CUUCCUGAAUGUUGCAUGGAUCAGAUUUACCAGCUGAAUGUGUAGCAAUGCCCUAGAUCACAUAUCCUCAUCUCUACCAAGAUGUUGUUUCCACCCUAUUGGGUACUUCUGGGUCUCUCUAUAACUGUGCCAGUCCAACAGGCAGCAGAAGGCAGCUUCCCACCACCCUGUGACAGCAAGAUCUACUGCACCGGGGAGCUCCUGAAGCAGGUUCAGCUGGCCAAGCUCUUCAACGAUUCCAAGCACUUUGUGGAUAUGCCGCUGCGGGAGAGCCCAGAGGUUGUCCUAGAACACUUUAAGCAGCUGGUGAACUCAAUGCCCGGUGGGGCCUUGUCUAAGCAGCAGAUGGUGAAGUUUGUGGGGUCCCACUUCUCUCCGCCUGGGAAUGAGCUGGAGCCCUGGGAGCCCCCAGACUGGACAAGCAGUCCACAGCUCCUCAACAGGAUUUCAGAUCCAAAGCUGCGGUCUUGGGCCCUGAAACUGAAUGUGAUUUGGAAACAGCUGGGAAGGAAGGUUUCGGCAGGGGUAAAAAUUAGCCCCCAACUUUACUCCCUGAUGUAUGUGCCAAACCCACUGAUAGUGCCGGGAGGUCGAUUCAUUGAGUACUAUUACUGGGAUUCCUUCUGGGUGAUCGAGGGUUUGCUGCUGUCUGAUAUGGUGGCCACAGCCAAGGGCAUGAUUCAGAACUUCCUUUACCUCGUGCACAAAUUCGGGCACAUCCCCAACGGAGGUCGCAUCUAUUAUGAGCGCCGGAGCCAGCCGCCCUUCCUCACCCUUAUGAUGGAGAGUUACUUGAAGCAUACCAAUGACACGGACUUUCUGAGAGACAGCAUCCAUCUUCUAGAGGCCGAGUACCGGUUUUGGCAGGAGCAGCGAGCUGUCAAUGUCUCUGUUGCAGGCAAACAGUACCUCUUGAAUCGCUACAAUGUCCAGAUAGGGGAGCCCAGACCUGAAUCCUACAGUGAGGAUGUGGAACUGGCAGCAGGAUUAGAUGAAGAAGCCCAGCAGAAUCUUUGGGCAGAGCUGAAGGGCGCAGCCGAGUCUGGCUGGGAUUUCUCGUCACGCUGGUUCCUACCAGGGCCGCCUCCUCUGCCGGCCACACGGCAAGAUACCCAAACCAGCACAGUGGUGCCUGUGGAUUUGAAUGCCAUCCUUUGCAGAGUUGAGCAGCUACUAGCCUCCUUCAACAAGGCUUUGGGGAACGGGGAGAAAGCCAGCUGGUUCCAGGCGGCCCAUGAAUACCGAGCAGCCGCAGUCCGGGCUGUCCUGUGGAAUGAUAAUGCUGGGAUCUGGUUGGACUACAACCUCGUGCGCCAGAGGCACAACCAGGCCUUUUACCCAUCCAACCUCACUCCUCUGUGGGCAGAGUGUAGCAUGGAGGCAGAUGUUGCCAAAAGGGCCCUUCACUACCUGAAGGAGACCCAUGCGCUGUCCUAUACCAAUGGGAUACCCACAUCACUGGCUCAUACGGGGGAACAGUGGGACCUUCCAAAUGCUUGGGCCCCCCUCCAGUACAUGGUGAUUGCAGGUCUGGCCAAGUCCUCCUCUCCCCAGGCACAUGACCUGGCUUUUACCUUGGCACAGAACUGGGUGAGAACAAACCUGGCUGUUUACGAGAAAUACCACGCCAUGUUUGAAAAGUAUGAUGUAGAAGGAGAUGGGAAACCAGGCUCUGGUGGCGAGUAUGAAGUACAGGUGGGUUUUGGGUGGACCAACGGGGUGAUCCUUCAGCUUCUGGAUUUCUAUGGCGACCGCCUCAACGUAACAGGUUCUGAGGCCUGAACUGAGGCUUUCAUCCAGUGGUUUAUUGUGUAGCGGCUGUUUUUGGUUUGGAGGUGAUGGUGAGGAGCUAUCUUGACAUCCCUUUCCCCAGAACCCUCUCCAGGAAAAUAAAGCAGAUGUCUCUGGGUUCAUCUUAUGGGUCAAGACAGUCCUGAACUUAUGUGAAAGCAGGGACAUCAAAUAAAGCAUGGCUGCGUCCUUCUU